AUGUAUUUGUCACUUUGCACCGUACAGUGCAAGGGCGAUGACCUUCUAAAUGUCAGUACUUCGGAAUUUGAGCGCGCAGGACACAAGUGGAAGUACGAUGGCGGACUACGCCGCUCUCACUAUGAUGGAGGUCUUUGUUGCGCACGGCAAACAGCUGGACGCGGCUCUCCGCGAGGUGUACGAGGUGCUGGUGGAGGAGAAAUGGAAGAUCGCAAUGCGAUCCAGGCACUACCUGACCACUCAGUGCCUGGACACGCCAAGUCGCUGAGCGUGGAUGGCGCUGUAUACUUCAUGACCACAGGUCGGCUUACCAACAACUACUCCGUCGCUUUCGCCGCUAUUACUACAUUACUCGCCACACGACUCGUGCUAGCGAUCGUUGAGGCGUUUCCAGAAGCACUGGAGAUGACGUGGUCGGACUGCGGUACUGGCGGGAUCCUGGAGGUGGAGACAGAGGUGGCGUGCUCGGCGGUGGAAGUGGGGUGCCCGGUAAACGCGCACUUUUGCAAACCCAACGACACCCACGGUGAUGCUACAAACCCAGCGUCCGUACUGGACGAUGAGCUCUCUUCCAGAUGGUAUGCAAACAUGACGUUGGGAGGCGUAGUCACUUGA